AUUUCUAAAGAAGUGUAUUGAUAUAUUGUAAUGUAAUGUUGAUUAACAGAUUAAAAAUAUAUUAUAAUUAUAUGUUUGAAAAAACAUAAAAAUUAGGGAUUGUUUGACGGAAUGGGGAAUUUUAGUCAUAUUCUACGGGAUGAAAAGCUGUCUAUUUUGGAAUGAAUUUUUUUAAACAAAAAUGGAGGUUUUGACUUUGUUAUCUGAUUCAAAUUUUUGCAGGCUUUGUGCUGAAAAUAACGAGCAUGGCAUACACUUAUUUACACCAGACGAAAGUAAUUCAAAUUUACAACAAUUAAUAAAUAAAUAUUUACCUAUAGAAGUUGAAAUUGACAAUAAAUUUCCAAAAUAUAUUUGUCCAGGAUGUCACAUUCAGCUGGAAUCCACAAAAUUGUUUUUAGACUUAAUAGUGGAAGGACAAGCAAAGUUAAGGGAAAUGUACAAGAAACAGCAAGAAAUAUUACAAAAACAACCACUUGAUAUUUUCUCCUCUAUCAGUUAUCCUCUUUAUGCAGUUGAUAAUGCCCUAAGGUUACAGGCUGAAGGACUGGAAAGGCCGAAAAGGAAACGAGGUAGACCAGCUAAAAAAAGUAUUCCUGAGGAAGAACUUAGCAAUCAGGAAAUAGAGAUUAGAAAUGAAGAAAAAGAAGAGGAAGUUGAAGAAGUUGGACCAGAUGGAAGGCGAAAAAGGAAAAUUAGAGCACCUGCUAGAUAUCAAGGAGUUGUACAGGGUAAAGAAUUAGAUGAUAUACUUAAAAAAGAAGGUGUUAUUGAUGAGGGAAAUACUUCUGUAGAAACAAUAUUAAAAGUAGAUCAACCAAAAUUUAAUAUAAACGAUUUGAUUAUUGGCAGAACGGAAGGAGAAUGUGGAGAAGAUUUAGACACACCAGUUUUUCUCAAUAAAUCAAGAUCUAAACGAAAAGCAAUUACUUAUAAGGAACUUGAAAUGGGCGUGUAUAAGUGCGAUAUUUGUUCAAAAAGAUUCAUAAAUAAAAUGUAUCUUGACCUUCAUGUAGAAACCCAUGAAAAUGAGGAUCUGAACGCUGUACAACCAGAGACUAUUCUAGAAGAUCCGUGCAAUACCAUAGUAGAGUCAAUAGAACAGGUUACUUUAGAGUUUAACGCGAUUGAAACUGCCGGAAAACAAAUCGAAGAAUUUUCAUUGGAUAAUAACAAUCUUCAGGUCCCAGAUGAAAAUAAGCCCGUUUGUAAUAAAGACAUACUAGAGCUACACUUAACCGAAUGUAAUAAAACGAAAAAUUAUACUUGUAAUAUUUGUGCUAAAGUCCUACACCAUCCUAGCAGCUUGUUGUAUCACAAAGAGACCGAACACAACAAUAAGAGGUUCGUUUGUAUUAUAUGUGAUAAACGGUUUAGACAUCGGACGCUGUUGCAAAAACACCAGGUGGUUCACAGCGACAAGAGACCGUACAUUUGCCAAAUAUGCAACUCCGCCUUUAAAUCAGUAAGUUACCUGGUGAACCACCAAAAGAUUCACUCCGGCGAAAAGAAGUACGAGUGUACUGAAUGCGGCCAAAAGUUCGCCCACAAAACCUCAUUGGCGGUGCACCAGCGCGGGCACGAAGGAAUCAAACCCUACGAAUGUGAAUUUUGCCAUAAAACCUUCUCACAAAGCGGGAAUUUGUUGGAACACAAAAGGAUACAUACUGGAGAAAAACCAUACUGUUGCGAGGUGUGUGGAAAAAAUUUUACUACGUCGUCGCAGAUGAGGAUGCAUAUGAAAAUCCAUACAGGAGAAAAGCCUUGGGUAUGUGCGACGUGUGGAAAGCGUUUCUUACAUAAAGACUCAUACACAUUUCACGUUCGUCGUCAUCAUAACGAAGAACCGCAUAAGUGCGAAGUGUGUAGUCGAACCUUUAUUACACCCUGGGCUGCCAAAAAGCAUAUGCGCUCUCAUACCGGUGAAAAGCCGUAUAAAUGUGAAUUUUGUCAUAAAACGUUUGCAGAUAGAUCGAAUAAAGAUAGGCAUUUUAAAAUUCACAAUAAAGACCAACAAGGUCUGGUGAAUACUCUGCAGUUGUCUCAGUUGCUCGAUGAACAGGGAAAUCCAUUGAAGAUCACGCAGGAUGGACACACUGUAUCUAUUGUUACUUCCGGAGGAGAUGAUAGCAACUUGCAUGGGAUGCUACCCGAUGGUAGAUUGAUACCGAUAGAAAUUACAUCGGCUCCGGAGAAAGACUUUGACCUGGAAAUGGACCAAAGUCCUACAGAGGGUCUUUUGGAACCCAAUUCUUCCGAUGCAAUGAUCCUGCAAGACGUGUUGGACGAAGAUAUCGUUCCAAGUUUACAGGUAUUGACAGAUUCCCAAGGACAACAAGUAUGCGUGAUAACAUAUUCAAUUAAAGAAGAAAGUGAGUAGAAGAAUUGGUGCAAGACUGGGUUCUAGUCAAUAAUUGAUGCAGAUGAAGAUUUCCUAUACGUUUUUUUUUAAAUACUACGUACUAAGUUAUAUACAGAACGUGUUUGUGUCAUAUGAAAGAAGUCUCAUUGUUACAGGUUUGCUCUUGAAUUCAUUUUAUAAAAUUCCUGUUCCAGUCUUGUUUCUUUUAGGAAACUUAUGAAUGUUAACCUUUCAAGCUAACUUUUAGAAUGUUAAGCUUUUAGAGAAAGAAUGAGGGAGAGGUAGAGGGAAUUCCAAACUAAAAUCAGACAUUGUUAUUAGAAACUUGUGUUUAGUUUUUAUAGUAGGUAUCGCAAUGAAGAAGUGCAAAUUUGUAAAUAGGUCUGGAUCCCGCGUACCAAAAAAAGUUUAUUAAUAAGCAAGCUGAAUCAAGUAUAUUCAAAUGGGAAAUAAGCCACAAUUUUACCUAAAAAUGAUUUUAUUAACGUUUCGACGCCCAAGUCGGGUGUCGUUGUCAAAAUACAAAAUAAUACUAAAUAAAUAAAAUGUUGUUGCUUAGUAAAAAAUUCUUCUAAUAAUUUAUUUAAUCUGACUCAUUUAUAUCGGUAAUUCAGACACGUAUUAUACAUUUUAAAGUAGACGACUUUAAAAUUAUAUUGCCAAUAUUGAUGAGUUGCGUUCCUGGGACGACUUUACUAAAAUAUAGUUCAUUCGAUUACAUGAAAUCAAUCCCAACUCAAGAAUAUCCGCCACAAAAAAUCAUAGCAUGUGAUCUGUCUUUAAAAAGACAACCAAAUGCAACGGUGGCACUGAAAUUCUCGCGUUAGAGAUUCCAUAGUAAAUCACGAGGGAAAACCAGGAAAAACCUCGUGAUACUAUCCCGACAUCGUAAGUAUUUGGGUUUACAUUUAGUUUACUCUCAAAACUAAUACCAAAUUCUGACUUGAUAUUUUAAAUUUUAAAUAAUACUAAAAUACUAAAUAUGUACUAACUCGAUUGUUACUGAUUUACUAAUUGUGGUAUUUUCUUUCUAUUGACUUCCUCCUUUAAUAUGGGUAACCACAUCCUACUGCAUUCUACCGAGGAAUUUGCGACACAAUUGGUUUCAUUUAGCAUAAUUAGAGCCGCUUCUUUGAUUUUUCUCUUUUUACUAUCUGCUUCUUUUAGGACUAUAUUUGAAUCUCUCCACUGAACUCUAUGUUCAUUAUCCCAAGCGUGUUGACAUAUUUGAGAUCUAUCAAAUUCUCUAUUUUUUAUAUAAGACUGAUGUUCAUUUACUCUAACGUCUAAUGGUCUUGACGUUUCACCUAUAUAAAAUUGUUCGUAUUCACAAGGUAUUUUAUAAAUACAAUUCUUUGUUCUUGCUUGUUCACUGUUAGGUUUAGUUUUAUAUAGAAUAGAUCUCAAUGUGUUUGUUGUUUUGAAUGUUGUUGAUAUGUUGAAUUUAUUUCCUAUUGUUUUAAGUUUCUCGGAUAGUCCUUUUACAUAUGGUAUUGAUAUUUUCCUCGUAUUAUUUCUUGUGAAUGUUGUAGGAUCCCGUUCUAAGUUGUUCUGUUCCAUUCGAUCCAAUCUUGACAAUUCCUUAUUUAUAAACGAUAUGGGAUAAUCAUUUUUUUAAUAAAACAGAUGUUAACAAUUGUUUUUCUUCUAAAAAUGAAUUUUCGUUAGAACAAGUAAUUUUGGCUCUAUCAUAUAAGGAUAUAAUGAUUCCCUUUUUAACGUUGAUGUUAUGAUUUGAUUUGUAAUUGAGAUAUCUGUUGGUGUGUGUUGGUUUUCUAUACACUUGAGUCUCAUAUCCAGUAUCCUUCUUUGAGACCAAAACAUCUAGGAAAGGUAGGGUGUUAUUGUAUUCCUUUUCCAUUGUAAACUUAAUUGUCUCUUCUUGAUCGUUUAUAAUAUUCAGGAACGUAUCCAACAAUUCCGAUCUAUGAGGCCAUAUGGAAAACACAUCAUCUACAUAUCUCCACCAUACUGUGGGUUUUAAAUUUUGUUUAGAAAUGAUAUUAGUUUCGAAAUCCUCCAUAAAUAUAUUAGCCAAUAAUGGAGAUAAAGAAGAGCGCAUUGCGAGAUCAAAAUUUUGUUUAUAGAAUUCAUUAUUUAGUUGAAAAUAGGUAUUAUUAGUACAUAAUGUCAAUAACUCCAUUAUAGCUGAUACAUUUAGUCUUGUCCUAGUUGUUAAUGUAUUAUCAUUUUCUAAUUUCGUUUUGAUUCUGUUUAAAGUUUUAUCUAAUGGCACAUUUGUAAAUAAACUGUUUAUGUCAAAACUUACUAAAAUAUUAUUUUAAUUAAAUUCAAUAUUUGAUAAUUUGUUUAAAAAAUGUUGUGUAUUUUUUAUAAAUGUGUCAUUAUUAUUUGCAAAUGGUUUUAUAAUAUUUAAUAAAAAUUUUGAUAGUUCACUACAAGGAGAAUUGAUGGUACUACAAAUAGGUCUAAGUGGAAUAUUUGCUUUGUGAAUUUUCGGUACUCCAUAAAAAUGUGGUGUCUUACUGUAAUGAGGUGUCAUUAAUUUUCUUUGAUAGUACGUUAGGUCAUUUUUAAAUUUGAAUAAAGUUCUAUAGAUUUUGUUUUCCAGUGUCUUCGUUGGAUUCUUCGUUAAUUUGGUAUAAGGUCCAUUUGUAAUUAGAUCUGUAAUUUUGUCCUCAUAUUGUACUUUAUCCAUUAUUACAGUUGCAUUUCCUUUAUCCGCUGGUAGGAUUGUUAUGGAGUCAUCAUUUUUUAAAGUUUUUAAAGCUUUUAUUUCCUCUUUGCUGAUGUUCUGUUCAAUUUUAUUAGAUUUUUCCAAUUCAAGUUUGCAUAGUACCCUAUAUUGUUCUUUUUCAUGAGCUGGUAAACACUGGGAUAUUUUUUCCACUGCGCUAAUUAUGUCUAAUUUUGGAAUAGAUGGAUGAGUGACAGCAUAGUUUAAACCUUUUGACAAUACCAAAUUUUCCGUUGCAUUUAAAUGUCUAUUUGAUAGAUUGACAACUGUCGCUAAUAUGUCAUUAUUUCUAUUUAGGUUAUCAAAAGUAUGUAUACUAUUUUGUUCUAAAAGAAUAUUAAAUUUAUUUAAAUGUAUAUUUCUUUGUUUCUGAUAUGAAUUUUGAUAAAUUAUGUGUAAACUAAAAAUAAUUCGAUCAAAAUCAGAAUUUGAUAUCAUUCCGUAAAGCAAAUCUUCAAUACUUACGAUGUCUUGUUCAAUAAAAUAUAAAUUUGAUCUAUGAAAUUGUAACCUUUCCCGGAUCAUUGACACACUGGCUCUAUGUAAAAUAUUUUGGAGUCUUCUGCUUGAGUAUGCUGGCCGUAACCUCAAGCCUUUUGGUAUUAAAUUGUUGUCUCUACAUCGUCUUAAAAAUUUAAUUGAAUUUUGACAGUGUGCCAAGUUCUCGUACAAAGUUUCCAAUCUCCUAAAAUUUUGACAAACGCUAGGCCCAUACCGGUUUCUUAAUGUUGUUCUGAAGCUAUUUUCUUGUGGCAUUUUUAUAAUCAAGUAUAUUCAAAUGGGAAAUAAGCCACAAUUUUACCUAAAAUUGAUUUUAUUAACGUUUCGACGCCCAAGUCGGGUGUCGUUGUCAAAAUACAAAAUAAUACUAAAUAAAUAAAAUGUUAAAAAUCAAAAAUGAAUAACCAUUUUCAAUUUCGUUGCAAAACGAAAAUACAGCCGAACCAUAUUCCAGUCCAAUCAGAGAGUGCUGCAAGCACCUCUACCGGUUUCGAAACUUAUUAGUCUCUCAUCAGGAGGCACAUAUGCUGCUCUCCCUGAUCCAACCAAAACAAACCCCAGCGUGCAGUCCCGAAUUGCAACGAACGAAAUGGCAUAGAUGCCCUAGCGGCAACUGCUAGCAAAAGACUAAGUUUUCACUCUAAUGGCAUAUAACAUAUCCCACCAGAAUGAAAACAAUGGGAACCUUCUCUGGUUACACCUCCGAGGCUUCUACAAUUUGCAAGCCAUACGGAUGCUGAGACUAAGGAAGAUGAGGGAAUUCUACAAUUUACAAUUCACGUCACAUCUGCUCAGCGCGGUAAAGUUCCAACGAGACUGGUUCCCUUCAUACUCCACACAGAGUAAAUGUAAAUCAAAAUUGAAAAUGGUUAUUCAUUUUUGAUUUACAUUUACUCUGUGUGGAGUAUGAAGGGAACCAGUCUCGUUGGAACUUUACCGCGCUGAGCAGAUGUGACGUGAAUUGUAAAUUGUAGAAUUCCCUCAUCUUCCUUAGUCUCAGCAUCCGUAUGGCUUGCAAAUUGUAGAAGUCUCGGAGGUGUAACCAGAGAAGGUUCCCAUUGUUUUCAUUCUGGUGGGAUAUGUUAUAUGCCAUUAGAGUGAAAACUUAGUCUUUUAAAUAAAAUGUUGUUGCUUAGUAAAAAAUUCUUCUAAUAAUUUAUUUAAUCUGACUCAUUUAUAUCGGUAAUUCAGACACGUAUUAUACAUUUUAAAGUAGACGACUUUAAAAUGAUAUUGCCAAUAUUGAUGAGUUGCGUUCCUGGGACGACUUUACUAAAAUAUAGUUCAUUCGAUUACAUGAAAUCAAUCCCAACUCAAGAAUAUCCGCCACAAAAAAUCAUAGCAUGUGAUCUGUCUUUAAAAAGACAACCAAAUGCAACGGUGGCACUGAAAUUCUCGCGUUAGAGAUUCCAUAGUAAAAGAUUAAUAAAUUAUAAAUCUGAAUUACCGAUAUAAAUGAGUCAGAUUAAAUAAAUUAUUAGAAGAAUUUUUUACUAAGCAACAACAUUUUAUUUAUUUAGUAUUAUUUUGUAUUUUGACAACGACACCCGACUUGGGCGUCGAAACGUUAAUAAAAUCAUUUUUAGGUAAAAUUGUGGCUUAUUUCCCAUUUGAAUAUACUUGAUUAUAAAAAUGCCACAAGAAAAUAGCUUCAGAACAACAUUAAGCAAGCUGAAAAUUUGUUAAUAGCUUAACGGUGUCUAGACGGACAAACUUUGAUAUAUGGGAACACUGGAACAGGGAAGUUUUUAUUGUGGAACGUGAUUAUAAUUGUGGAACUUGUCAUCUUGACAAGUUUAUGAUUGUGAAAACUAGCAGGUUGUUUUUAAGUUUAUUCAAUAGCAAACUUUAUAUAAUAUAUGAAAAAAAUGUUUGUUCGACAGAUACGUUGGGCAUUUUAAUAAGUCCGACACGUAGAACAUGUCAAAUGACAGGAAUUAUGUUUCCUUGUAUGGAAAACUUCCCCUGUUCCAGUGUUCCCGUACAUCAAAGUUUGUUCGACUAGACACCGUUAAGCUAUUAACAAAUUUUCAGCUUGCUAUUAAUAAACUUCUUUUGGUACGCGGGAUCCAGGCCUAAAAUGUAUGUCAAUUAAAUGAACUUCAAUGUAAGGAGACGUUUACUUUCUAAAUUGAAAAAAAAACAAUUUUUAAAUAUUUUUAAAGAAAAAACUAUUAUAUUUAGGAUUAUAAUUUCUUUAAGGUUUCGAGGUAUACAAAAAAAUGUUUCUAACUUUUAGUUGUUUUUCAUUACCGCAGAAGGCGUCUUCCGAAAGACGCAUUUUAAUUUGGGGGACAUUUUUCUGCCUUCCCGUAACAACUUUUUUUUAAUUCCAACGUGUUUCAUUUCGUGAGACCUAAAACUGAUAAGUAAGCCUUUAAAAAUUUAAUUGUUGUAUAUUUUUAUGGUAUUUAUACGCGAUUUUAUCAAUAGUUCGAAAAAACAUGUUUUGGGGGGUGAAUUUACCCCUGUACGAAAAAGGUGGGGCUUUUUGGAAUUUUUUAGUAAGUUUAUUUAGUUUUUUAUUUAUUAUAAAGUUUUAAAAAAAAAUUUAGUUUACUAGGAUUUAUCUAGUAGAUUUUGAGAAAAACGUCUACCAGUUUUGAAAAAUGUGAAUUCCAGAAAUUUUAUCGAAUAAAAUGGUCAUAUUUAUUUUUUCCUCUAAUCAGCAAUUGCUGGUGCAUAUAGGGUGCAUUCACUUUUCUAGUAAAAACUGUAAGUGAUAGAUCAAAGAUUUUUUUCAUAAUUUUACCCUCUUUCGAUGCCUCUCUGCUCCUUCUAUUGGUAUUGGCUUGAGCAAUAUGAGCUUCGUCGAUAUUUUCCGACCUAUUCGUUGCUAUUUCUUCAAUUUUUAUUUCCAUAAGGUGCAUGCAAUGCAUCACUAGAUUUUAAUUUUUGCUGGGGAACUGAGUAACUCAGCAGUAAAUUGACUACUUUUAAAUUAUCUUUUAAUAAUAUGCUUGUUUCGAUGCGGUCCCUUACUUCGACUGUUUUAAAUAACUACCAGAUCCAGACAUUUUUCUGAUUUUCAAAACAAUACUUUCGGUAAAUUGCAAUAAUAUAAAACACGUGCUUGCUUUAUAAUUUUUAGAAUCCAUCUGUCGAGUUGCAGCUGCACAGGUCAGGCUUCGCACGCGUUGUUGUAUUCAUAUGUUGUAGGUACCGUUAUAAAUACAGCUAUAACUUCGUUUCUAUUUCGAAUUUCUUGAUAUAAUUAUAGAACAGUGUUCCUAUGACGUGACACUAAGAAAGGUUUUAACUCAAAAAGUAAAUUUUUUAAUUUAGAAAGUAAAAAUCUCCUUAAAAAGUUUAUUUAUACUCAAAAAGGGGGUCUUUUACCUACCAAUAUCUAAUGAGCUCCAAGUAGAGUAACACAUUACAUAAUGUGGUCAUUUUUUUAAGCGAAGGUCGUUUUUUUUCGUUCCAUUCCUUGCUACAGUUUAUGUUUGUAGUUUGGUAGUAUAUUCGAAUAUUUUGUCAAUGCGUACAUUGAUUGAAGCUAUUGUUCAUCUUAAGGGAGGUAUGGUUUGAAAUAUUUAUUUUUUUUAUUAUUUUAAAUGAAAGUGCAUAACUUGCAUAGAACAUGAAGAAUACUCUCUGAAAAUGUCAGAUUGAUCGGAGCAAAAUUACAAGAGAUACAGCGUGUUGAAUAUCCCUACCCUCGACUCGCUUUGCCGCGGCCUCGCGCCAGCACGCUUGAGCGUAGUGAGAAAUGUUCAACAACUGUCCGCCAUCUCUUUUGUAGAUUCCUCCGCGAUUCAAAAAACAUAUUCCAAUCUGCAUCACUGUCCGAUUUGACAGACAAAUAAGAAGAUGAGUAACUAUGUUUAUGGGAAAUAAGCCACAAUUAAAUUGAAAAAAAUAAUUUUAUUAACGUUUCGACGGCCAAAUUGGGUGUCGUUGUCACAAUACAAAAUACUACUAAAAUAAACAAAAAUGUUGUUGCAAAGUAAAAUAUUCUUCUAAUAAUUUAUUUAAUCUGACUCAUUUAUAUUGGUAAUUCAGACAUACAUAUAUUAUACAUUUUAAAGUAGAAGACUUUAAAAUGAUAUUGCCAAUAUUUAUGAGUUGCCUUCCUGGGACGACUUUACUGAAAGAUAGUUCAUUCGAUUACAUGAAAUCAACCCCAACUCAAGAAUAUCCGUCACAAAAAAUCAUAGCAUGUGAUCUGUCUUUAAAAAGACAACCAAAUGCAACUAUAGCAGUAAAAUUUUCGCGUUAGAGAUUCCAUAGUAAAUCACGAGGAAAUUAUGCUAAAUGAAACCAAUUGUGUCGCAAAUUCCUCGGUAGAAUGCAGUAGGAUGUGGUUACCCAUACUGAAAGAGGAAGUCAAUAAGAAAAUACCACGAUUAGUAAGUCAAUAACAUAUCGAGUUAGUACAUAUUUUAUUAUUACCUAUUGUAUAUCUAUGUAUUAUUAAUAUUAUUUAUAAUUUCAUUUUUUGUUGUUACAAUUUCAUUUUUUUUUUUACUUACGAGUGAUACCAAGAACUUAAAAAUCGUUAAAAAUAAAAAAUCUCGACAGUGUUACCUCGAGAAACUCAUAAGCUAAUAAAAUAUUUUUUGGAUGUUUUGUUUAAUCCAUUGAUGAGUUCUGAUGUCCACAGUAAAAUCCAUUUUUUUGAGGUGUCUGUAAAAAUUUGCCACCGUUGUUUAAAUGUUCUGUGAAUUGUACUUAAUAGGCUUAUUUAAUUCAAAAAUCACAAAAAUUUGCUUGAAAUGUUGAUUUUAAACCGUACCCUUCCCUAAAAUCUUUAACAAUGAAAUACACCUGAUGUUGAAAAUAUAAUCAGAGCAAUAGUCCAAGAGGCAGCGCUGAAAAAUCUCUUUGAAUUUACUAAAGCUACAUUUUUCACAGUUGAUUACUGUGAUUGUGUAGAAAAACAUACUGCGGUCGGCCAAGCGAAACGUAGAACAGGGGUUACUGAGAGGGUAUCAAAGUUGAUUUCCUACGAAGGUAAUUAAAUCCAUUUGCUAAGGCUGAAAAUCAGUACAUACAUUCUAAAUUGAAUAUAAAUAAAAGUUAUUAUAGUCGGUCAGCUGUGUGACGGGACAGAGCCGGUCGGUCGGCCCCAAUGAAUAUACAGGGUUAUUCACUAUAUUUUGACCCUCUUGUAAACUGCUUAUUAUUUACAGAAUAAGAAAAAAAUGUAAAAUACAAAAGUUAUUCGAUUUUUUACAUAUAUAUCGUACUAGUGACGUCAUCCGUCUGGGCGUGAUGACGUAAUCGACUAUUUUUUAAAUCAGAAUAGGGGUCGUGUGCUAGCUCAUUUGAAAGGUUAUUCAAUUCCCUAUUCAGUAAUAUAAACAAUAACAUGAUUAAUUAUACAGGGUGUCCAAAAAAAUUAUUUAAUUAAAUUAAUUGUUUAAUUAAUAAUUAAAAAAAAAUGUUGGACACCCUGUAUAAAUAAUGAUCUUAAUGUUUAUAGUACUGUAUUACAGAGAAUUGAAUAACCUUUAAAAUGAGCUACCACACGACCCCUAUUCUCAUUUAAAAAAAUAGUAGAUUACGUCAUCACGCCCAGAUGGAUGACGUCACUAGUACGAUAUAUAUGUUCAAAAAAUCAUAAUUAAAAAAUCGAAUACCUUUUAUAUUUUACAUUUUUUCUAAUUCUGUAAAUAAAGCAGUUUACAAGGGGUCAAAAUAUAGCGAAUAACCCUGUACAUUCAUUGGGGCCGACUGACCGGCUCUGUCCCGUCAUACAGCUGACCGACUAUAAUAAAUUUUAUUUAUAUUCAAUUUAGAGUGUGUGUACUGAUUUUCAGCCUUAGUAAAUGGAUUUAAUUACCUUUGUAGGAAAGCAACUUUGAUACCCUCUCAGUAACCCCUGUUCUAUGUUUAGCUUGACCGACCGCAGUAUGUUUCUCUACACAAUCAAAGUAAUCAACUGUGAAAAAUUUAGCUUUAGUAAAUUCAAAGAGAUUUUUCAGCGCUGCCUCUCCGUCUACAACUUGGCAGCACUACAUUUUCCCGUAAUUUUUGGACAGUCUCUCCAUGUAUCCAGCUGUUAUUUGUUGUUAAGAUUUUACGUACUAUAUGGAAGAUUUUGUCAAUGUGUACAUUGAUUGAUGUCAUUGAUCAUUUUAAAAUUAUUAACGAUGAAAUGCAUCCGAUGUCGAAAAUAUAAUCAGAGCAACUUGACAACACCGCAUCAUGUUUCAUUUUUGGACAGUCUCUCCAUGUAUCCAGUUGUUUUCUGUUAACUAAGAUUUUAUAUACACUCACCGGCAGAGAAAACGGGCACCCCAAAAAUGGGUCAUUUUUAAUGUCUUGUAUUUCCUAGACCUGAUGUCCGAUUUAAGUAAUUUUUUUAAUAUGUUAUAGCCUUAUUCUUUAUCAAUAUCGCUGUAAUAAUAUUGUUGCUAGACAGGUACAUUGUCAUUGUAUACAGGGUGUACGAUUCAAACUGUGUUUUUUUCUCAAACUUUGGAACACCCUGUGAAAUGUUCUAGCUUUUAUAAAAUACUAAAAUUAUAACCAAACUAUAGCCUCAGAUUUUCUUAACAUUCUGUUUUUUGAUUCAUUCGCUUAUGUUGGAUAAUAAAAAAGUUAAGCACUUUAACAACUACCCCUGUUUUUCGUUAAUACAGGGUGUUUUUAAAUAAGUACGGCAAACUUUAAGGGGUAAUUCUGCAUGAUAAAAUAAUGACAGUUUGCUUUAUAAACGUAUACCCGCAAAUGCUUCGUUUCCGAGAUAGGGGGUGUUGAAAUUGUUCUUACAAACUGACGAUUUAUUUAUUUCUCUAAAACGGUUUGUGAUAUGCAAAUGAAAUUUGGUAGAUUUUAAGAGGUAGUUAUUGCGCAUUUUUUGGCAUACAAUUAAGAAUUUUAUAUUCACCAUUGGCGUGCAUACGGGUAUAAAUAUUUUAGAUAUAUGCACGUAUGCACGCCAAUGGUGAAUAUAAAAUUCUCAGUUGUAUGCCAAAAAAUGUACAAUAACUAGCUCUUAAAAUCUACCAAAUUUCAUUUGCAUAUCACAAACCGUUUUAGAGCAAUAAAUAAAUCGUCAGUUUGUAAGAACAAUUUCAACACCCCCUAUCUCAGAAACGAAGUAUUUGCGGGCAGAAGUUUAUAAAGCAAACUGUCAUUAUUUUAUCAUGCAGAAUUACCCCUUAAAGCUUGCCGUACUUAUUGAAAAACACCCUGUAUUGACGAAAAACAGGGGUAGUUGUUAAAGUGCCUAACUUUUUUAUUAUCCAACAUAAGCGAAUGAAUAAAAAAACAGAAUGUUAAGAAAAUCUGUGGCUAUAGUUGGGUUUUAAUUUUAGUAUUUUAUAAAAGCUAGAACAUUCCACAGGGUGUUCCAAAGUUUGAGAAAAAAACACAGUUUGAUUCGUACACCCUGUAUACAAUGACAAUGUACCUGUCUAGCAACAAUAUUAUUACAGCGAUAUUGAUAAAGAAUAAGGCUAUAACAUAUUAAAAAAAUUACUUAAAUCGGACAUCAGGUUUAGGAAAUACAAGACAUUAAAAAGGACCCAUUUUUUGGGGUGCCCGUUUUCUCUGCCGGUGAGUGUAUGAAUAGAGCGUAUGUAAUUAAAAGUCGUGAAAUGGUAUACUUAAAAUAUUUUAUUUUUAUUGUACAUUAUAAAUAUUUUAAUAAAGCAAAUGAAUUUUAAAACAAAA